AUGGCAUCCACCGUCGCCUCCGCCAUCCGCCCAAGUCUCCGCGAAGCAUCUUCACGCCAGCAAUCCGGCAGCCCUCACACACCCACCGGUCGCUUCAUAUCCUCCGCCCAGUCUUCGCCUGGCUCGUACUCUUUUCGCGCCGAAGAAGAUCCCAUCAUCAUCGAGAUUGACCCUCGUGGCCUCAGUGCCGGCUUUCAGGGCGAAAGCGGACCGCAGUGUUUCAUCCCGUUCACCUCCCAGAACUCUGGGCGAGUGGGUGACUAUCGCUCCUUUCUCCCGGGAUUCAGAAGACGCAGGCAAGAUCUGGCAUUGAAGAGCAAGGAGUAUGAACUGUGGAGAAACGAUCUGGGGGAUGUCGACUUGGGGCUGUUGGAAGACAAGUUGGAACGAGCAGUGCGGGAGGCAUACAACAAAUAUCUGUUGGUGGACGCGGGCACUGCACGCUUGGUCCUGGUCUUGCCUUCGUUAGUACCUCAUCCCGUACUAUCGACAGUAUUGACACUUCUGUUCGAGCGAUGGAAGUACUCUACUAUCACGUUGUUGCCGGCACCGACCAUGUCCAUUGUCGGGGCCGGAUUGCGAUCUGGUCUGGUUGUGGAGGUAGGCUGGGAGGAAACGGUGGUGACGGCAAUCUACGAGUAUCGCGAAAUACACGUCCGCCGGAGUAUCCGCGCCAUGAAGGCUUUGAUUUUGAAGAUCGGGGCGCUCUUGGAGAGUAUCAAGAAGGAGCAAGAUGAGUCGAUUCGUGAUUCUCUCGUGCUUGAUUUUGACUUUGUCGAGGAGUUUGUGGAUCGCGCUGGUGCAUGUCAUGCAUUAUUUCCAAUCACGAAAGAUGAUCUAUCAGCAAGGACGACAAAAUUGAAUCUGGAGGACCAAGGACACGCUGGUGCCUCUGGUGGUGAAACUGAAACCUUGGUGAUUGACUGGCCAACGGAUACAUCUUCUCGACCCAUCGCUAUCUCGAGACGGGCAUUGUGUGAAGCAUCUCUCGACACACUAGUCGCACCCAAGACCGAUGAUUAUCGGGACGAUCAUGAACAGUCAAUUAGUCAACUUCUGUACGCGACGCUUCUGGCUGUGUCGUCGGAUGUUCGGGGUAUUUGCAUGUCAAGGAUUAUCUUUUUAGGUAGGGGUUCAUCUCUGGCAGGUUUGUCACAACAGGUCCUGGAAACAACCAACACCAUCAUCAGCGAGCACGGAUGGACACCUAUCCGAGGGAAACACACGAAGGUCAAGCGCAGCAGCCUUGCAGAACUUGCUCAAGUGAGGGCCGUCCCCCCUGAUACUCGACAUGACCUCAAUCCUCCGGGGACCGACGACUUUGUUGAGCAACGACUCUUCAAGCAGAAAUCGAAGGAUGCGCAGCAACCCGUCACUGCCAUCCUGCGGCAGGUCGAAUCUCUUGGACCAUGGGCUGGUGCCAGCCUUGUUGCCAGUCUCAAGGCGAAAUCCUUUGUUGAAAUUGAGAGGGAGAGAUUCCUCUCUCAUGGACUGGCCGGAGCACAUCGCGACCUAGAUCCUAGUGCCCUUCAUCAACAGCGCAGCACAGCAACAAAAGGCAGCGAGAGGACUAGCUGGACAUUGGCAGGAUGGGGGUGA